AUGCUUCAAGCCCUUGGAGGCCCUGUGCCCCCGAACACUGACCAUGCCGUCAGUGUAUCCCUACCGACAUGGAGAUCCAACAUUGGAUAUGAGGAGGGAGAGGACUGGGUCAUAGGCAAGAUGGAAUGCGGCUAUCCUCGAUUCUUCGUACACCCGAGCAUUCAGAAACUCGCCCAAGAAAUCGUUCGUCGCGUCGGAGACCCCGAGUCGGAGACUGCCACCCUUUUCGCAUCCCUCAAGACCGCGCGCAUCUGCCAUUCGUUCGUCGUGUCCAAGGUCUCUCCCGAAGAGGCACAAAAGGUUCGGAUCGUGACCUUCGUGCCCUCCCAGCAGGCUGAUGAAGGAUCCACCACAAUUACGUCCUCGUUGGUGGCUGUCGUCUAUAAGAAGGAAUUUGCAUCCAUUGCCAAACAGGUCUGGCAACAUUCUGGCAACGGUAUCUCGAGUCGGCGGGGAGAGUUCUGUCUUCGCGCCCUGGAGGAUGGGUUCUUGGUGGAGGAGAAGAAGUCUCCAGCUGCAGAGUCUCUCUCACAGCGGCCUUGCAAGGGACCCCGACGCUAUCAGGGUAAAGGAUCCAUGAGUGGAAUCUCACGGGGUUCCUCGGCCUCGACUCCCACGUCUACAGACACCCCUUCGGCAGCCAGUGGCGCUGAAGAUGGCCGAGACUACCCCCAGUUUAUUGAAGAGCGCUUUGGUCGUAAUCUUAGCACUGCGUUGGCUGAGCAAGCCAAGGUUGCCGUGCGGAGGCGGAUUGCUGGCGUGCUCACUGCUGAUGUUGAGCUGCCCGAGGCCCUCGAAACCGCUUCGGCCGAAGGUCGAGUCUCCGGUAUCUCGGAGGAGGACGUUUAUCUCUAUCCUUCUGGGAUGAGUGCCAUUUUCAACUCGCAUCAGAACCUGCUGACAGCCCGUGGGCCUUUGAAGAGCAUCUGUUUUGGCUUCCCUUACACCGACACCUUGAAGAUUCUCCAGAAAUGGGGACCUGGCUGCUUGUUCUAUGGUCACGGUUCAUCAGAGGAUCUUGAUGAUCUGGAAUCACGGCUGAAGAAUGGCGAAAGAUUCCUCGGUCUCUUCACCGAAGCCCCCGGUAACCCUUUGCUCAAGACUCCGGAUCUCGUGCGGAUCAGAUCUUUGGCCGACCAGUAUGGCUUCGCCGUAGUGGUUGAUGAGACCAUCAGCAAUUUCCUCAAUAUCAACGUCCUCCGGUAUGCCGAUAUCGUUGUCAGCAGUUUAACAAAGAUUUUCAGUGGAGACAGCAAUGUCAUGGGUGGCAGUGCGGUACUAAACCCGCAAGCUCCCUACUAUAAGCUGCUGAAGGACACUUUGAACCGCGAAUAUGAGGACCUUUACUGGGCAGAAGACGCAGUGUUCCUAGAGCGGAACAGCCGAGACUUCAUCGGCAGAAUUGACAAGAUCAACGCCACCUCUGAAGAAAUCACCGCCAUGUUGAAGGCAUCUCCCCUAGUCAAAGAAGUUUACUAUCCCAAAUACAGCCCAACGAGGCCCCUGUACGACAGCCUCCGUACCCCCAACGGUGGCUACGGUGGUCUCUUUUCUGUCACAUUCCACUCCACCCCGGAAGCUAUCGCAUUCUAUGAUACCCUCGAGGUGUUGAAGGGCCCUAGUCUCGGCACAAACUUCACCCUCAGCUCUCCAUAUGUCGUCCUUGCCCAUUAUCUCGAACUUGACUGGGCGAGAUCUUUCAAUGUCGACCCCGACUUGGUGAGAAUCAGCGUCGGUUUGGAGGAGGUAUCCGAUUUGCGAGGCCGAUUCCAGCGGGCUCUGGAUGCCGUGGAAAAAGUGGAAAAAUAG